AUGCCGACGCCACGCCCGGCCAAGAGCUACUCGCUGUUCCAGCGCGCGGUGCGCGUCGUCCAGACGUCGAUCCGCCGCGUGGAUCGCUGGGCUGCAGUGCGUGCGCCCGGGCUGCCGAACCCGCCCGACGUCGAGGCCCGCGUGCGCCAGCCGCGCUUUGCCGACCUCUGGGAGUUCACGCUGGCCGACCACUAUCGCAUCUUUUUCGAAGUGUGGCACGAGUACAAGUCGUCGUUCAGCGGCGUUAGCGACGAGGAACUGGCGCAGAGCAAAGCAGAGCUCAAACGUGCGGUCACUGCCGUGCGCGGAAAGGUCGCGGACACGGCGAGCGCCAACCUGUCGUUCCUCGACGAGAGCCUCGAGGGCUCACAAGUGCACCGGAACUUGCACGCCCUGCGCGACAAAGGGGCCGCGAACGUGGCGUACUUGGCGAAAGAGGCGCAGCAUGUGGUGGGACAAGUGGACGCAGACGCAGUGCUGCGCCGCGCACAGGACGUGGUGGACCAGACCCGCAGCGACGACGACGUUGCGACGACGUUGAAGAAGAACGUCGCCGGGCUCCGUGAGCUGGCGAAAGAAGGGCGGGACGCUGCGUUGCAGCUCGACACGAGGGACGUCGAGCGGUUCAAAACGAGCGUGCAGUCGUGGGUUGCUGAUAAGCUGCUGGUGGGGCAGUCAGUGUUGAUGGCGUUCAUUGAUGGAUACCGCGAGGGCAAAGCCAUGGAGUUGGCACGUGAGGACGCACUGCUCAUUACGUUUGCCAAGCAAGCAGCAGAAGAUCACAAGGACAUCAUUGGCAACCAGAUCAAGAAGCUGAUGGACCAGCAACGGGAGAAAGUGCGGCAGGAACGCGAGGACGCAGCAGCCACGUCGGCGUCUGCGGCAAAGGCGGAGACAGCACCGACAAGUGGGAAGCCUGAGACCGGCAUGACCGCUACAGAAGGCGCAACGACGGCGGUCUCGGUGCAAGAAAAAGCUGCACCGCCAACGACACGAAAGGACAGCGACGCGAGACUGGAUACGAGGCAGGAAGACCCCAAGCAGCAGUAA